ACUAAUGUAGUUUAUUCAUGUUUUUUGCUGCAUGCAUAUGGCAGCUGAUAAUAAAAAAUAAAUAAAAAAAAAUAACUUAUCAAUAUUGAAUAUAGUUUUAAAAAUUCCACAAUUAUAACCACAAUUGCAAAACAUUGAAUUAAUAUUAACAUGCUGUUGAUUUAUUUAAAAAAAGAAAAAUAUCUAAUUGUUUAAACAUAUUGAAUAAUAUUAAUGGGUAACGGUCAAAGUGCCCUAAAAGGGCUUGAAAUUGAAGAAAAAGCUAUUGAAAUAACUGAUUUUUGGACACAUCAUUGUGCAAAUAUUGAUGGUUCUAAUAAUGGUAAUUUAUCAGUUUUUAUUAGUGAACCAUCAUUACAUUCAACACCUGGUUUUGGAAAGCCAACGCCUUUGGAAAAAAAUGCAAAGAAUUUAAUGCUACAUCGUCAUCCAAAUAUUUUAAAAUAUAUCUCAUCAUGGUCAAAGGGUAGUAAAUUUUUUCUCACAACUGAAGAAGUUAAACCACUUGUUAAAGUUAUUGGAACAGAGACAACAUUACAAAUUUGUAUUGGUUUACAUAAUAUUUUAUGUGCCUUAUUAUUUCUUCAUGAAAAAGCAUUGUCAUCGCAUAAUAAUAUUUGCAGUAGUUCAAUAUAUGUUGCUGCUGAUGGUUCAUGGAAAUUAGGUGGUUUAGAGCAUCUUUGUCAAUUUUCCGAAAUGUCAUUAGCAUAUUUUAGAAAAAUUAAAACUUAUCGUUAUGAAAAAGCAAUAUCGCCUAUUGAAGAUGAAUUAUUAAAUAAUAUUUCAUUGGAUCCAAUAGUUAUUGAUCGUUAUGCUUUUGGAGUAUUAGCUGAAGAUGUUUUAAGAUUAAAAAACGAUGAUGAUGUACCAGGAUUAAAAGAGUUUAAAGAAUUUUGUAAACAGGAAUUAAAAACUUCUGAUACAUCUUUAAUGGUUACUUUAUCAUCGUUGCUUAAUCAUUCAUUUUUUUCACACGAUUUUAUGAAAAUACAUGCAUUUCUUACUGAAUUGCCAUUAAAAACUGAAAUUGAGAAAAAAGAAUUUUUUCUAAAUAUAGCAGAAAAAUUAGAAAGAUUUCCAGAAAAAAUUGUAGCCGAACAAUUGGGAAAAUUACUAUUAUCCAGAUUAGUUUUAUUAGAUCCAACAGCGCAAGCAAAACUUUUGCCUUUUAUUUUAAAACCAAAAACUAAUCAAGAUGAUAUUAAAGACCAAGGACUAUUUACAGUACAAACAUUUAAAGAACAUUUAAUUCCAAAAUUAUUGCAAAUGUUUUGUGUACGUGAUGCAUCAAUUCGAUUAAUACUUUUAUCGCAUUUAAAUUUAUUUAUAAAUGUCUUUGAAAAAGAAGAAUUAAAAACAUUAGUAUUACCGGAACUUCUUGUGGGAAUAAAAGAUACCGAUGAUUAUCUUGUUAGUACAACAUUACAUGCACUUGCCGAUCUUGUUCCUAUUUUGGGUUCAACAAUUGUUAUUGGUGGUAAUAGAGGGAAAUUAUUUGCCGAUGGACGUCCUAUGAAAAUACAAAGGCAUAAAAAAUCAGGUAUAAAUUUAAAUCGAAUAACUGAUUCAUCAAUGCUUUCAUUACCAGAACGACCAUCACCAGAUGGUGGUGAAGAUAAAGAGGAAAUAAAUUUUUCUUAUACUGAAGAAGAAAAUUGGUCUGAUUGGGAAACACAAGAAAUUGAAAAUAAUGAAAUUAAAAAUUUAGAAUUUAUUAUCAAUAGAAAUAAAGAAACAAAUGAAAAUAUUUAUCAAUCAAAUGAAACUGAAAUUAUUGAUAAAACAUUAAAAUCAACGAAUAUAGAAAAAAAAUGUAAAUAUUUAAAAAAUUCUAUUUCCGAUAUAAAUGAACUUGAUAUAAAAAAUUCAAAAUCAAUUAAUAAUGAUAAUAAUGAUGAUUUUGAUUUUUUCACCGAUAUGGAGCCUGUUAUACAAAAACCUCAAAUUAUACAAAUAGAUAAAGUAGUUGAAAAAAAAACUAUUUUCGACGUUAAAUUAACAAAUAGUAAUUCAACAAUUGAAGAAGAUAAUGGUUGGGGAGAUGAUUUAAACGAUUGGGAUAUUGACAAUGUGGAAUUAAAAGAGUGAUAAACAGUGUUGUAAAUAUAGAAAAACUGAUGUUACGCACAUGUUGUGUAUUUUUAUAUAUAUAUCAAUUAUUUUUCUCUUCUAAUUUGAAAUAUGCAAUCUUUAAUUCAGUUUUCAUUUGUUGCCAUUUCAAUUAUGUACAUAAAAUUUAAUUUAAAAAAAAAAAUUUGCAAAGAUAA